AUGUGUGCAUUGUCAAACAGAGCUGUCAGUGUCAUCACACUGGGCCGCAUGGGAUUCAUUGCAGCUUAUGAUGUGCAGAUGCGAUUUGCCCAGCAGCACUUGGAUGAGCUCUCAGGAAGACCCUACACCCAUGGGGAGAACACACUCUUGUUGGUGGAGCACACUCCUGUUUACACUGCGGGCCUCAGAAAUAACUUCACCAAAAGUGAUGAGCUUCGACUGAAGAAGACAGGUGCUGAGUUCUAUAAGACUAACCGUGCAGGGUCGGUCACAUUUCAUGGUCCUGGCCAGCUGGUCGCCUAUCCAAUUUUGAAUCUCCAUCGCUUCAAACCAAGUUUAAAGUGGUAUGCUUCUCAGUUAGAGCAAACUAUGAUGAGUACAUUAAAGCAGUUUGGACUAGCUGGCCGAACUACAGACCAGACAGGAAUCUGGGUGGGAAACCGUCAGAUAGGCAUGAUUGGCCUUCAUGAAAGCCGAUGUGUCACCACACAUGGGGUGGCCUUGAACUGCAAUGUGAACCUAGACUGGUUUAAACACAUUACUCCACCCAGCCAGGGUAUGGAAGUGACCAGCCUGACCAAAGAAUUGAAUAAGAAUGUGGAGUACAAAGAUGCCGUCAAACCAUUCCUUCGGUGUUUCCAAGAAGUCUUUGACUGUGAACUGGAGUACAAGAUGUUGGAUGAGAAGGAAUUCACAUCUGUGGCCGUAUCCAGCACGGCUGGCAAAGAGUUUGAAGCUGGAUCUAAGGGCCUGGGAAUUUCACAGAGAGCGGAGUAUGGACUGAGACACAUGUCAACACUUUCUGCAUCUGCCCAUCUUGAUGGCAGUACGUCAAAUAAGAUUACCCCAAUGUGGUAG